GUCGCCGGCUUCAGGGCCAGUGAGUCGCCGGACGUCAAGGUGUCGACACGCUGAGAGAGAGAGGGAGAGAGAGAGAGAGAGACGCUCCGACUUCUUCGCCAGGCCAAGGAUAUCGCUGUUUUGAGACUGAAAUCGCAGGCAGUGGAGAGGAUGUCAGGAGCGCGGGCACGGGGGGCGCCGCCCUUGGCUAGCCUUCUCCUGGUGUUGGCGGUGGUGGCGAGAGGAGCUCACGCAGCUUUCUCCAUCAAGGGUAUCACUUGGAACGCGGAGUCGAAAAUGGUGGAGAUUAUCAACGAAGGCGGAGAGAUUGCGGCCCAGGAGCUGCGCCUUUUCGUGUCUCCUCUCGGGUCGUUCCUGACCUCGCAGGACCUGACUGACCUGACGCCGGCCUUUUCAGGAGACUUGGAGGUCGCAGAUCUGCCGACGACGGGAACUGCCAAGGAAGUGGACGUUUCAACCGCCUCCGUUCCUGGCUCCUUGGAGACCUGUGGCCAGUACUUCCUGGUGGCAGCGAUUCGGGAAAAGGGCACGACGAACCGGCCGGCGCAGGGGAGCAUCAGCAUGAAGAAAGACUGUGAAGAGGAUAUCGAUCUCAAGUGGUUUUUGGAACUCAAUGAAGAGGAAGGGAAGCCUGACUUGUAUAUGGCUCCAGGCAGUAACGUCGUCGCUAAAGGUGGGAAGCUGAGCAUCCUCAACGUUGGAAGUGGAAACCUUGCCCUUCGCUCAGCCGUGGACACGCCCGAGAUCGCAGCUUACCUCGGACCCAGGUCGUGGGAAUGGGACCUCCACUACAAGUUCCAGAAUAGAAACGGGAGCACUCUUCAGGAAGUUAUGGAAAGUACACUAGCCAGUCAUCGUGAGUACUUCGAUGUAUAUAAUGUUGAAGACUUCGUCCAACUUAAAGGCUGGAGUACGAUACUUGUGGAUAUUAACGCAGCGACCAGCAUCGACCUUCCAUCUGGUGGGAAUCUGGAGAUGGACUUGGAGAUGCUUGAAGCCCCGAAGAACAUUCCCUGCAUUGAUGAAAUUGGCCUCCUGGUGCUUGUUAUCGACCCUCAGAAUAAGACCAAAGAUUCCAACUUGACAAACAACGUAGCUGUUUUGCCAGUUGGUCUAUCCUGCCAAAGUAAUUCCUUGGACCCUAGCUUUGAUACUCCAAACUGCUUAGUCAUCCCCAACUUGAACCACGACGGCAGGAGCGCCACCAUGAUCAUGAAGAGAUUUGGAGACACCGAAGCAUACGAGUUCAAGACCAGGAAAGGCCGCGAAGGCUUCAGGAAGAUGAGGACCGAUGAACUGCGAGAGGAGAUCGAGCAGUACGACAUGGCGAACGUGCGCAUGGAACGCCUCAAGGCCCUGGGGAGGUGUCCUCAGGAAUCCGAUGGGGAGGAGGAAGCAGAAGAUCCGUGGGCCCAGGAUCUUCUGAGUGUGGUCACCUCCCUGAAGGACGGCCUUGACGAGCUGACAAUGACGAGCGAGGAGGCCGCAGCCGAGCACGAAAAGGUCCAGACGCUGCUGGGGCUCGUGAAGGACCUCCUGACGCUGACGCUGGAGGAAGACGGCCCCGUGCGGUACGUCGUCCUGAGCUUCCUCAACCGCCUCCCCGACCUGUUUGUGAAGGAUAUCGCCAUGCUGAUGGGACCCCAGAAGGCCUGCAUGAUUGGACAGGCUGCCCUCCUCGAGUCGGUGGGCGGCCCGGCGGCUGAGCUGGCCAAGGAGAUGAUGGAAAUGAACAGCAUGGAGCGCCCGCGGAGAUGGUCGCCCCGCCGCGACGCGCCCUGCAAACCGGGCCGCCCGAGGUGUUCUGACGGAACGUGUUUGAGAAAGAACAGCAUUUGCGACGGCAGAAUGGACUGUGGCAACGGACAGGACGAGGACCAGCGGAUCUGUGCGACUUUCAAGCGAGGCUCCUUCGACCCUUCCUGUACCCUGAACUGCACUAACAUGAGCGGAGACAUGGUUUGCAUCCCGGCCAUCUGGUUGUGCGACGGAAUGGCCGACUGCGCCAACAGCCUGGAUGAAGACGCGCUCCUGUGUCCCUUCAAUAAGACCCAGGGAACGUCUUUCCUGAAGGACCAGGAGGAGAGGCCCAUAAACAUCGACUCAGACAUGAUGAAGGGAACGAAACCGGUUUCCAAGGACGCCGAAUGGACCGAAGGAAGCGAGAAACGGGACGAGAAAACCAUGGAGCGUUCUCGAACCAAGAGGAAUUUCAUUUACUUCCCCGGCCAAAUGACGACGCAGCAGCCGAGAACAGAACAGGCGUUCCCCGAGAACGUCGACGAGGGUUUACUCUCCGAAAACUACGAUUUUGGGGACGAUUCUUAUGAUUAUUCCUAUGACGGCUUCGCCUACGGGGAUCAGCAGAACGGAGGUCGGCCCGGAGGGUUCGGUCCAAGUGGCGGCUUUCCCCCCUUCGGCGGCCCUCCCCCCUUCGGCGGCCCUCCCCCCUUCGGCGGCCCUCCUCCCUUCGGCGGCCCUCCUCCCUUUGACGGCCCUCCUCCAUUUGGCAGACCACGUGGGAGACACCCGGCUAUUCAAGCCAUCCACGAAAUGGUGCCGCCAAUGCUGCGCCGCUUGGUCCUGCAGGUGUACUUCAGGCUGGCCACAGGAGCUGAAGCUGAGGACCUGACAGAGCUCUCGUUCCUGCCCAUGUCAACUCGCGAGUACAUCAAGAAGAUUUACGACUACGUGACCACCGGCACGCCCCCGCGAGUCUGCGAGCCGUGGAGAAUGGCCUCUGCGAAUGGAUCGGUGAUGGAUUCGCUCAUGUUCUACAUGAUGCAGAACCCGUUCAACAACCCCAUGGCCGUGACGCAAGAGAAGGUGGACCAGCUCCUCAACUUCCUGAAGAGCAAUGUGUCAGAGGAAGUCAGGAAAUUCGUGAAGGGAGACGAAACGAUGGAGAGUCUUCUCAAUCUAUCCAUCAGCUACAUCGACAUCCUAAGAGAGAGUUCAGACGAUAUCAUUAAUCUCAUCAAGGAGGGCGUCCGAAUGAUGAUGCUCUCUCCUGAGGAACUGUGUAUGCUGGUCACCACGAAACCAGGACCGGAACCCGACGAUGACAUGCGCUGUAUGAGGAUGGCUCAGAAAGACGUCCUGAAGAUCGCUGAAUCGGAAGAAGAUAAGGAAGAUCCCUUCUUCCAGAAUCCACUGAAGCAAGCAUUGUCCAUGGCUUUGAAAAAACACAUGAAAAAGGUGUUCUGGAAACAAGAGGAAGGUUCAGUGUUCCGAGGAAGAAGGUCCAGGAUCAGCGGCACGAUGGCCUGGGAUAAAGUGGCAGUCUGCAGCUGCUCGUCCUGUGGCCAAGGCGGAGGUUUCGGAGGCGGGAACGGCGGCGGCUUCGGAGGUUUCGGAGGCGGGAACGGCGGAGGUUUCGGAGGCGGGAACGGCGGCGGCUUCGGAGGUUUCGGAGGCGGGAACGGCGGAGGUUUCGGAGGCGGGAACGGCGGCGGCUUCGGAGGUUUCGGAGGCGGGAACGGCGGAGGCUUCGGAGGUUUCGGAGGCGGGAACGGCGGAGGCUUCGGAGGUUUCGGAGGCGGGAACGGCGGAGGCUUCGGAGGUUUCGGAGGCGGGAACGGCGGAGGCUUCGGAGGUGGCGGAGGCUUCGGAGGUGGCGGAGGCUUCGGAAGUGGCGGAGGCUUCGGAGGUGGCGGAGGCUUCGGAGGUGGCGGAGGCUUCGAAGGCGGGAGUGGAGACUUUGGCGGCUUCGGCGUUGAGUUUGGCAGCGGCAUGGGAGGCGAAUUUGACAGCGGUUUGGGACAAGUUUCACCCGAUUUGUUGGCCGCUCGCACGAACAAGAAAACUGUUUCACUUCGGAGAGAAGCUAGAGAUAUCCUAGCAGGGACGAGAACUGAGCUGUGGGUCGCGUCGGAAGAACGCACUGACGACGGGAGGAGCAUCAGCGGAGUGGUGGUCAUUUUCCCGUCGGUGACCAGCGGACUCCGGCCUGGCUCCGUGUGCAAGGACCAGCAGUGGGGCAGCGCGGAGGCCUGGGUCGUGUGCCGGGAGAACGCGACCGAUAACGAGGAAGUGAUCGAAGCUGAUGCAUUCGACAUGCCAGAGACUGAGAAGAUCCCGGAUGUCAUGCUCAGUGAGAUUCAGUGCGAAGGGAAAGAGACAAGUGUCGCCUAUUGCAAAUGUUCGGGUUCGCGAUGCUCUGAAAGAUGGGGGAAGAAGAACUGCAAAAUGCCAGCUGCAGUGACUUGUCUCUUUAAGAACAAGCCAGUGAAAUAAACCUGUGUUUGGAUGGUUAGAUUUUCGAACUGAGCCAACUAAGCUUAGUUCGCUUUUGAUUAGAACAGGAUUAGUGUGUAGUAAACUGUGAUACUUUAAUAAUGUGAGAAGAAAGGAAAUACGUAAAUAUUGUUUUUUAUAAAUUCUUUGUAGCCACAUCCUUUUAUGCAAUAGACAAUCUACUCACACUCCCUUUGGAUAAAUCAUGGAUACCACAUGGAUUGAGUUAGUCUGUGUUUCGAUUACAGCAAGGUUGCAUAACCCAAUUUAUCUAAUACUGCAUAUCAAAAUUAUUUCACCAGUUUGUAGCCUUUUAAUGUUAGUUUUAUUGACUAACUGCCUGAUACUUUUCAACUUUUAAAAAUCUAUAUGAACAGUGGCAUUCGUAUUAUUUUAAACAUUAUGGCUUAAUAUGUAAAUGCCUUCCCAGUUUAACCAGAAUCUACACUAAAUGUUUAUUUUCUUCGUCGUCUGGUUAAGGGAUUUGAGUUCUCUUAAUGGAAAUUACUUAACGCAUGUGGGAUUUGAAUCCUUACCAGGGAAGGUAUUUACAUAUAUGUGUAUUAUGCGUUGUUGCAUUUUUACAGCGUACAAUAUCACUUUUUUGUUGUAAUCCAGUGUGCCUUCUCCACCCACUUAUCCACUCAUAAGAAUGGUACAAAACUAUACUUAACAUUUGCAGUAUUAGAUUUCAUAAAACAUAGACUCCAUCUUCGAUAUUUUGUGCUCUAGAGUUCACUCAGACUAAACGGCCGUCUGUUGUUUUUUUAAGAUUCUUGCCCGUCAUUUGUAGCAACUCGUCAGCAAGACUAAACUUUUGUGCAACAUCUUUGCAUUGCACUUGUGUCACUAAGGUCAUGGUCUGCAAGAACAUUUUUUGUGCACAGUAUGUAUCCUAAUCUAAAGUAAGCUCAUCAUGAAAGGUGAUAAUUUAAUGUUAACACAAAUAUGCCUGUAAUAAUAUUGAUUCUAGAAGAAUGGGCAUUUUCAAUUUCAUUAAGAAUUUUGUAAAUCCUCUCCAUAUUAAGAUUUUAAAAAAUGCUCAUAAGAAUAAAGAAAAGGAAUUCUAUUGUUUUUUUUUAAUGAAACAGGUGUGUGUGUGUGUCAGUUUUACAUAAAAGAAAUACAUCAUUUCCUUUGCAAAAGUUUUUUUUCCAAACAUUUUCAAAAUAGACGGUUUGGUGAAGCUUACACAUAGUCUGGAAAAAGCUUACUGAAUAUAUCUAUAAGUAAUCUGAAAAUACAGAAGAUUCGUGAUAGAUUUAGAACUGGAAACUCUUUUUACACCAGUUCUAAUCCCUUUCAAUUCAAUCCUACUUCUAAAAUGUUUGUGAUAAUCAGUCGCUCAGAAAAUCUACAGUACAGUGAAAUUCUGUAUUAAUUAGUGUUUUAUUAGAGAUUAUAUUAUAUAUGUUGUUUUCAGUGCAUCUGUAAGAACAUGUUAUAAGCAGAUAUAGAAUUAAUUAUAUAUGGUAAGUUACUUGCACUGAUGGAUUUAAUGUAGCAGAAAAAAUGUAAUUGGCUUUAGCCUUUAUGUUGCAAUAAUUUAUGGAAAUAAAUUUAAGCCUGGUA